AUGGCGACCAACAACCCUCACAAGCACCUCGCCAUGAGCGCCCUCAUGUCGCCACCUGAAGCGACACCCUACGACCGCUUUCCGACGGCAGAACUCCUGUCCUCCUCGCCCUCAGCGGCCGACUCGCACAGGAAAUCGUCAAUCGGUGCGAAGUUGCAAUUCCUCUCGCCACCCGUGUCGCCCGACACACCCACGACAGCGGGUCCCUCCUCCUCCCCCACAACCUUCGACUCACGAAUCCGCGACCCAAUCCUCUACCCACCCACUGCAACAGAGAGCGACAACAGUAUCUCUCAACCCCUCUUCGCUCCCCCACUACAACAAUUACAACCACCACAAACCCCAACACACCCCCACGACUCCCCCACCAACCGCCUCGUCGACCAACACAUCUCCCGCGCCCACCGCAAGAACCUCUUCCGCGCCACAUCCCCCCCAAACCGCUCAGACUACAUCCUCACCAUCGAGUUCCACUCCCAGGUCAUGCGCAACUUCACCCGCGACCCAGACGCCUACCUCGCCCGCGAGCGCCAGUUCCUCAUGGAAGCCGCACGCCGCCGCGCCGCCGCCGCCGCCGCCGCCACCUCGCGUUCACCCGCCAAAUCCUCCCCCCGCAGCUCCAACAACAGGACCUACCCAGCCCUCGCACCCAGCCCCGCCGGCGUCUCCGCCUCUCGACCGCGCGCGCCUCCAAAGCCCCGCGCGAAGCCGAGGAGAGACAGGACAGCGACGCCGGACGCGCCGAGUCGCAGCCGCAACACGGGGACGAGCACGAGGGAGGACAAGGAGUUCCAUCUCCUCCCCGAUCUGUGUCCUGCGAUUGAAUCGCGGCUGCGUCCCAACGCGCUGAAGGUCGAGUGGAAGGGAGCGCCGCUAGACUUGUCCGCGGAUCCGCACCGUGCGCUUCUGGAUCCGGAGGAGGUUUCGCUGGCUGCUAAUCUGCGGCUGGAUUGCGCGACGUACUUGACGAGUAAGAGGCGGAUUUUCGUGGCGCGACGAGAGUGCUGGGCUGGGACGUGGGGGGGGAAGGGGAAGAAGGAGUUUAGGAAGACGGAUGCGCAGCAGGCUUGCAAGAUUGAUGUUAAUAAGGCGAGUAAGCUGUGGAUGGCGUUUGAGAAGGUGGGGUGGCUGGAUGAGAAGUGGUGUGUUUAG